AUUUCAGUUAUCAGUAGAUUUUCGGAAGUAGAGUCUAAAUUUGCAAGCAAAAAAAAUUGUACUAAAUUAUUUAAUAUAAUGAUUAUCAAAAUUUUUUUAGAUGCUAUUAAACAGCAUCCACUUUAUAACCAAGCAUUAGAAAUAGCGUUAUCAUGUGGUAUGAUCUUACGCAUUCUUAUGAUUCAAGUCUAUUUGACAUUGUUGCAGAUUGUCUUCGAGAACGCAAUAAACGUGGCAUUUGGCAACGAAGGUAAUGCAGAAGAACAACAACAAGCAGGUAAUGGUGGCGCUGGUGUUAACCCCAACGACAACAACAACAUUAUUGUUGAGAACCUGAACAUCAACAACCCUGCUAUACACGAUGCAGGUGUUAACAAUUCAACAGGUAACAAUUCUUCAGAAAACAAUUCUUCAGGUAACAAUUCUGCAGAAAACAUUUCUUCAGGUAACAAUUCUGCAGGAAACAAUACUCCUGUUGAUAACAAUGUUGUGAACGAUCUUAGCGUCAACAAUUCUUUUGUCGAUAAUUCUAGUGUGUAUACGUCUGGUGAAAGCACACAUCUUGUUGCAAACCCUGAUCCCAGCACACCUGUUGUGAAACAAACUUCUGUAAACAACCAUGACGUCAACAACUUUGGUGCUUCCAGCUCUGCUGUUUACAGAACCGCCCAUAACGAUUCCACUCAUAACAGUUCAGGUUGUAACGAUUAUGGUCCUAACAGCACUAGAAUAAGCAUUUCUGAUCAAAACAAUAUUGGUGAAAACAUUUCUGAUCUUAACAAUACACUUCAUAACAAACCUGUUCCGACAAGUUUUGGUUAUAUUAGUUCUGUUAGUAACAAUAUUGAUAAUAACAAUCCCGGUAGUAGCAGUUUUGGUCAUAAUAAUUCUGGACACAACAGUUCUGGUUACAACAAUCCUAGUGGUACUAUCGCUGGUUGUAAUGGAUCUGAUCACAAUAAUUCUGGUUGCAGUAAUGUUAGUCACGAUGAUGCAGGUUUUGUUAACCUUAACGGUGAGAUGCAUGCUCAGAGCAAAUACCGACAUGGCAAGUCUGGGAAAAAUAAAACCGCAGAUAAAAAUGCUGUUCGUGACGAUUGUGCUUCUUUGCCCUCUGGUUCUAACUCUGGUGCUAGUAAUAUUAAUAAUAUUAAACCUGAAGAGCCUAACAGUGCCUACCCUAGUCAUAGCAAUGCUGGCUUUGGGAACCAUGGUGAAGAUAACUCUGGUUAUGCAUAUGCAGAUUCAGAAAAUACACGUGGCUAUUUAAACUUUCUCUUUGAGAAUGCAUAUCGCAAUAACAUUAACAAUGGUCACUUUAAAAUGCCCAAGCCAUAUCAUGUUGAUGUGGAUUAUGACAUCAGCGAAUCUGCUGACGGUGAGUCUAACAAUAACCAAACUACCGAUACUGAGAGCAAUGAAAAUGAAUCUUCGACUUAGAAAAUAUUUUGGUACAUAU